CGUCACUAAACUUCUCUAGAAUCUCUGGCAGUUCAACUGUCAAUGGAGUGUUGCAGAGUUGGUGUAGACAUUUGUGAUAAUUUUGUUAUAAAUUAAAUUUGGAGUGAUUGCAAAUGAAAAUAAAUUGAUCUGACAAUGGCGAAACAAUCGACUCAAGAAUUGACAUUCCUUGACAGCAGAUUCAAGAUUCUCGUCGCCACCGACUGCCAUUUAGGUUAUGAAGCUAAAUGCAAGAGAGCACAAGAGUUUGACAGUAUCAUCACGUUCGAGGAAAUUUUGAAAACAGCCAAGGACAGGAAUGUCGAUUUUGUUCUACUCGCUGGAGACCUAUUUCACGAUGCCAAACCCUCACAACGUAUCGUCCUCGAGAGCAUGAAUUUGCUGAAAAAAUAUUGCACAGGAAAUAAGGCGAUACCAUUCGAGUUCCUCAGUAAUCCUGAAGACAUCUUCCCCAACAAAGCUGUGAAUUAUGAGGAUCCGAAUUUGAACAUCAGCGUUCCAGUAUUUUCUAUUCAUGGAAAUCAUGAUAAUCCAAGUUUUGAGUCGACGGGGACCUUGGAUAUUCUGAUGGCGUCAGGAUUUAUAAAUUACUUCGGAAAGUGGAAUAACUUGAAAGAAAUCAACGUAACUCCAAUGAUCUUUCAGAAGGGAGCGUCUCUGCUAGCUAUUUACGGUCUGGGUAAUCUCACAGAGCAGAGACUGUCGAGACUUCUUCGUGAAGGAAAGGUGCAUUUCCUCCGUCCCUCGAACCUCGACAACUGCUUCAACAUCCUGGUUCUCCACCAGAAUCGUGCAAGGCACGCGGAGAACGAGUACAUCGAGGAGGAUCGUUUUCCCUCCUGGUUCCACCUGAUAAUCUGGGGCCAUGAGCACGAAUGCAGAAUAUCCCCCGAGGAAAUUCAAUGUCGGGAAGGGGGUUAUUAUGAUAUAUGUCAGCCAGGUAGCUCCGUCGCCACAUCCCUCAGCGAGGGGGAGUCUGUACCCAAGCACAUUGGCCUUCUCUUCAUCGAGAAGGAUCACUAUAAAAUGAAUGCAAUCAAACUGAAAACAGUGAGGCCCUUCAUCUUCAGGGAUAUUUUUCUUCCCGAGAUAAUCGAGAAAGGAUACUGUGACUUCUCGAAUGAAGGGAUCAUUGAGUACAUCGAUGACUAUAUCCUGAACACAGCUAUUCCCGCAGGUGUGAGGAUGCUGUCAGGACACGAGGAACAGCCAAAAAAACCUCUAAUUCGUCUGCGUAUAUUUUAUACUCAAGACAAUCACGUUGUCGACGUUUCUCAGCUCUCCCACAAGUACAGUGACCUAGUCUCGAACGUCAAUGACAUGAUACUUUUCAAGAGAUAUCGUAAAGGUCAGCCUAAAAAGGUGAAGAAUGAUCACUUUGAUGAUAUCACUGAGGACAUAACCGAGUGCUUCCAGAACAGAUCAAAUGAUCCUCUGGAGUGGACGAAGACUGUUCAGAGUGGCAUCAACAAGUACUUUGAGAAACAUGAAUCCAUGCUGAAGGUGAUGUCCCUGGCUGGUCUCAACGAGGCUACUCAUCGGUUUGUCAUCGCUGGAGAUGAUGAAGCUUUUGCACAGGUGAUGGAGCAUCAGAUGAAAAAGAGCAUUGAUUACCUGAUGACUAAGGACUUCGAGGUCAAUCAGGAGUCGGUUAUGGAAGAGCUGCAGAAGUAUAGAGAAACGAGACUAGCGGCUAGUGGGGAGGAUGAGGAGCUGAGGGAACUCCAGGAGAUGCUGAAUGACCCGGUUCAGAGGAAUGUGCUGAAGCUGAAGACUGCUAAGGUGAUGGACACAAGUUCUGAUAAUGCUGGAGGCACUGGAACUGGUAGGGGAGGACGCAGGGGACGAGGACGCGGUCGGGGAGCUGCUGGGGAGGCUGGCAGUACUAGCGGGACGAGGGGCAGGGCGGGGAGGUCCAGGGGGAAACCGGCACUGAAUGUCAGUGUUAUUCGUGACCCCAGUCCUGGUAGGGGAGAUGGUUCUGAUGAAGCUGAUACAAAAGCAUUCAGACGCUUUGCUGCUCCAUCGAAUCAACCUAACACUUCUACAAUUCGGGUAUCGAAGAGUCAGAAGUCAAUAUAUUGUCAUAGCUCUGAUUCUGAGUGAAUAUCGAAUAUGUAAACCAUUUGCAGUAUUACUUUUGUUUAGAAUUAUGAAUAUUAUCCGUUACUACCAUGAGAAAACUAUUUGAAUAAGGUUAUAAGAGAGGCAUGUUGAGUUUUUAAUGUUCUUGGAUAUUUUUU